ACCAAAUCAUGGUGACCAUCGAUAGCCUGCCCGAAGAACUUCGAAGACAAAUCUCCCUCCUGGUCCUUAACCAUUCCUGGCAUGAUUUGUCUGCCCUAAGCCAAGCCAGUCGGACUUGGCACAAUGUUGCGGCUCCUCAGCUGUAUCUGGACCUACGCAUCAAGUUCCACGAUCUGGCAAGCUUGCAACAUGACGUCUCUGAGUUUUACACCAAUGGCCUUGGGCGGCAGUACCUGCGUUAUACCCGCACACUCGAUCUUGUUUGUCUAGAAAAACCAUCGUGGAUAAUGACUCAAAAAGCCAAAGAUCUCUGGAAGCAGAAAAAUUGGUAUAAUAAAUUUAUCAGCUUCAAGCCGCGAGCUGUGGAGGACGGCUUUCUCUCCAAGAGUCUAACUGAACUGCAUGACAAGGAACUCCUCUUUCUCCGGGAGACGGUUGACGAGUACCCACAGAACGAGUGGGAACCUAUCCUCGCUCUGAUCGGGCGGCUCCAGCAUCUUCGCGCUUUUAACUAUGUGGUGGUGAACACAUUCCCCACGGUUAUCCUCAACGCACUCCAACAGUCCCACCCCACUUGUCGCCUGAAUAUCUGGACCUCCCAAUGUCCUUCUAUCGAUAUUGAUGGUCUAGGACGCUCCUGUAAGCUGGUGAGGAAGGAGGCUCGAAGGCCAUUUGAUCUCCGCAUCCUACGCGCGCCGACACUCCACACUCUGAAUGUAGUUUACACGAUGGGGUUGCAGCUGCGGGAAUGGCGAUGGAUACACCUCGACGAGCCCAUGCCACUCAUCUUCACCGCCCCCAAUUUAAAGCAUUUGAUCAUCGACGACAAACGCGAAGGCCGUGACAAUCCAAUCGAGAUAGUAAAGGAGGAGUGGGAAGACUUUAUCUCCUUCUACAGCAAGCUUGUCCCAGUUGCCCCGACCACCCAUUUCCUCGAGUCCCUGAGUUUCCGAAGUGACGGUGCCGGGUUGGCUCAGGAGCAGAUCCUACUGCGCGUCUCCACCAUGACCGACCUAUCUCGACUACGGUCGCUAGAGAUCGGGGUCUAUUCGGAGCCAGAGCUAUUGGCGCAAGCAGCUGCGCGAUUGACCGGACUAGAACGGCUGUACAUCAAGAUGGUCCCGCGGGCCAUUGGGAUCGAUCGUGGAGUCUCUCCAGACCGCGAAGAGAUGAUUGCCGCCGUGCGGGCUUUCCGCCCGUUGAAAUACCUCCGCUUGAUCAGCCUGCGGAGCUUCUCAUCUCUCGAUCGGAUUGUCUCGCACCACGGCCGGGCACUGAAAGGGCUGAGCUUGGAGGCCUCGUACCGCCAACGAGAGCAACCUGACAAAGAGGGCCACAAGUACCCCGUUAAUGACGGCGAGCAGCUCCGGUACCUGGCUCGACUCUGCCCCGAGCUGGAAGAACUCCAUCUCCCGCUGCUGCGCACGGGUGGCGAUGCCCGCGAGUGCGAUCUGUACCGGGCCAUCGGCCAGUGGAGCCAUCUCCGUCAGGUCGUUCUUGACUUGGACUGCGAUCCGCGGGUUGCUGGGGUGGCCGAUGAAAGAGACGUUCUGAGUGACCUCACGUGUCUUCGGGAGAUCCUCCACAACGCUGCCAUCGACGAGGCGCUUGCCGCAGGCAUCUUCAAGCUCAUGUGUUCCGGCCAGGCAAACGAAUCGCUCGAGCAGCUCCGCAUCAAUCUCUUGUCGCUUGGGAUCAUCUUCCCCCAGUCACUGGUCAACGUCCUCCGGCAAAUUAGUCAGUCGUUCCUUGUCACCCGGCCUGGGUUACCGCCAACUGCGGAACUGCAGGUCCAAGCGGUUGGGACCGUCGCGUGGCAGCUGUGGCGUGAAUGGUCUCUCAAUGACUACCCGUCCAUCCGGACUCCGACGCCGGUCCAACAGAUACUGGAGGAGUGGUGGCCGCUUGACUCGGAUCGAAAUCGCAGUAAGAGCUGGGAGGAGAUGCCGUUGCUGGUCAAGAGUUUUCCUUUGGAGGCUGGUAUUGUCGCAGAAGGAGAAGCAUCGGAGACGCAAGCGGCUGAGUAGAAACUACCAUCUGAUCGUCAUGUGCAGUACUUAGUCGUCUUGUGACGGAGGCUUGAAUGCCUCUCAUAUCUAAUAUACCGCUAGGCUCUAUACCUACUCGUCCAACUGAAAAGCUUAAUAGCUGCAAUAUUGCCAUCAUCAAGCCGAGCCAUGAG